AUGACCAUGAGUUCCUACUUGAUAAACUCCAACUAUAUCGAGCCUUCCUUUCCUCCAUGCGACGAAUAUCAGCAGAGCGGAUACAUCCCCAACCCUGGUGAUUAUUACGAGCGGCCAAAAGAUACGGGCUUCCCCCAUCACGAAGAGCCAUCCUAUCCGAGGUCAAACUACACUGAAACGGGAUACGAUUACGGUAACGUCCCCGCCACUGGACUCGAUGAUUUCGGCGACGGGCAUCACGCACAACCGCAGCCUGUUCCACAGAGCCACGGUCCCCGCCUCAGCGCGGCCCCAGACGGUGGCGCAGGGGCAAAUGCCAGCAAAGACUGCAGCCUCGCCGGUGAGGUGUAUCCCGGCGUAGCGAAGGGCAAGGAGCCGGUGGUCUACCCUUGGAUGAAAAAGGUCCACGUUAGUACCGUCAAUGCCAGUUACUCUGGAGGAGUGCCCAAGAGGUCCCGCACUGCCUACACCCGCCAGCAGGCUCUGGAGCUGGAGAAGGAGUUCCACUUCAACCGGUACCUGACCCGACGCAGACGGGUGGAGAUUGCGCACACCAUGUGCUUGUCCGAGCGCCAGGUCAAGAUCUGGUUUCAGAACCGGAGGAUGAAGUGGAAGAAGGAGCACAAGCUCCCCAACACCAAGAUCCGCUCCUCCUCAUCCAGCUCGGCCUCGUCCUCAGCCUCGGGGGCCCAGCAGCAGCAGCAGCAGCAGAUCAAAACAGGCCAGCAGCUCGUCCCCACGCCGUGCACCGCAGGUCUAUAGUGCCUGAACCGAACCCCCCACCCCGCAAGAACCCCAAAUCCAGACUGAGAUGGCAAAUAACACAAGUGGAAUUUGAUGGACCGAUUCUCAGUAUUUUACACUCAUGGUGUUCUCCUUCCCCCCUCGCCUCUGCCUCUGGGCCCCUGUCACGUCCUUUGUGCCCUCUCCCCUCUCCGCUCGUCCUCGCCCUCUUCAUAUAAGCUUGAAAUCCACCUUUAAUUGCCACGGUGGCACCUGAAGUGUUAUAUAUUUGUUUAUUAUCAUGAAAAGAAGGAUUACGCACAUUCAAAAAUAGGACUUGGAUCAAAAUGUAUAAUUACAGUUAAAAUUGAGUGAGGUUAAAGUAAGUUGGAGAUCAUUUUUCUAUGUCUUUUUUGGAUUUUUUUUUUUCUAUUACUGCUCAUGGAAAGUUCUAAUAUACUUGAAAGAUAUUUAGCGAGAGUUCAGAUGCCUGUUAGAGAAGCAGACGGCUGUUUUUAGAGGAGUGGCAUCAGUCACAGUAACAGUGUAGUUUGUGUGUUUGACUGGGUUGGUUUACUGUUGAAUGUAGUCCAGGAGACUUUCACAUUUUAAUGUACAUAGGAAAAUCAUAAUGAAGGCACAAUAAGAAGAGAGUUUCGUCACGUAGAUUUCUGUUUGUUGGUGUCGUGUAAGGUCUAGUUUUAUUUGUGCUAGUCCGUCCCAUGUUGUGCUGUGUUCUAAACUGUGAAUAUUUGUAUGUGUUG